UCGCUGGGAGUGUAUGGACAGAAGUUGAACUUUAAUCGCGCAAGUCUGCAUAGGCUGUAGAUCGUUUAAUGCUUUUAAUCCUUAUAUAUUCAUAACCUCUGUUUUUGUGGACUGGAACUUAUUUUAAAGUUAUUUUCAACUGUUAGAUCAACGGAUUUCCUUCAUAUUUCAAAGAAUGGAGAGGUUUCGUCUUGCUCCCUGCAUUGUUCUGCGGCGGACAGUAAUGUGGAGUACAUAAAGCCUUAGUAUUUUCAGACGCACUCUUCAGUUGCAAACUAUAUUUUUGGAUAUAACUUGUGCGUGGAUUUUUUUGUCUAUUUUUUUCUCAAAAUGGAUAUUACGAUAUCUGAGUUGAUGUCUAACUUUAUGGAUUCGCCGCUUGUGGUUUGGGUCAAGACAUUUGGACCCCUUGGGUCUGGUUCAGAAGACAAGCUGUCCAUGUUCAUGGAUUUAGUGGAUGGUGUCUUCCUCCAUAAAAUCAUGACACACAUAGACCCAAGCCCCAUGAAUCAGCGAGUGAACAAACAUGUGAAUAACGAUGUCAACCUGAGAAUACAGAACCUCAGCACUGUCAUUCGACACAUCAAAAAUUACUACCAGGAGCAUCUUCAGCAACUCAUCCUCAUGAAUCUGCCCAAUGUGCUGGCCAUUGCCAAAGACCCACUAUCAGGUAAAAGCAUGGAGGAGGUACAGAGACUGCUGCUGCUGAUUCUGGGCUGUGCUGUUCAGUGUGAACGUAAAGAAGAAAUCAUCGAGAAGAUUAAGCUGCUCGACAUUGAGACACAGGCCGCCAUAGUGACCCAUAUUCAAGAAGUUACCCACAACCAGGAGAACGUUCUGGACUUGCAGUGGCUGGAAGUGGGGGAGAUGCCUGCUGAGCAGUUGGACCCGCUGUCUCACACUAUGGCCUUUCACCUGCGCAAACUCAUAGAUGAGCGAGAUGAGUCUUCUCAGUUGAUCUUAGAGCUAAUCCAGGAGAGGGACUACUUCCAAUCCCAGCAGACUUCUAGUCUCUUGGGCUUCCCCAGUUCUGAGCACACAUCCCUAUCACCCGUCACCCUGUUGUCCAAAGAAGAUCGGCAGCAUUUAGCAGUGGACCUGGCUGACACAAAAGCCAAACUGCGUCGCUCCCGCCAAGAGCUAGAGGAGAAGACCGAACAGUUAAUUGAUGCCAAGAAUGAGAUUGGGCGGCUGGACGCAGAGAUUCAGAAGCUCAAGCAGGAGAAUAUGCAGUUGUUGGCAGAGGCACGUUCGGUGCGGGCAUACCGUGAUGAGUUGGACUCAUUGAGGGAGCGUGCUGGAAAAGUUGAUCGGCUAGAAACAGAACUAGCUCGCUGCAAAGAACGGCUCAAUGACGUCCACUUCUACAAGACCCGUGUAGAGGAAAUGAGAGAGGACAAUAUGACCCUGCUGGAGACAAAGUCCAUGCUGGAGGAGCAGCUUACUGCAGCCAGGGGGCGCUGUGACAAACUACAUGAGCUGGAGAAAGAGAACCUCCAACUGCGCUCCAAAUUGCAUGAUAUGGAAAUUGACAGGGAUAGUGAUAAGAAGCGUCUGGAGGAGUUGCUGGAGGAAAACAUGUUGCUGGAGAUCUCUCAGAAACAGAGCAUGAAUGAGUCUGCUCACCUGGGCUGGGAGCUGGAACAGCUGGCUAAAAACAGUGAGGUCAAUGAAGCCCGCAAGUCUUUUGUGUUUGAGCUGAAUGAGUCAGCAUCCAGUCGUCUGUUAAAGCUGGAGAAGGAGAAUCAGUGUCUUCAGAGCACCAUCCAGGAGCUGAGAGAGGCCUCCGUCAACAUGGAGGAGGGUCAACUACAUUCACUGGAGCUGGAGAGAGAGAACCAGAGCCUCAGCAAGAAGUUGGAGCAUCUGCAGUCCCAGCUGGACCAGGAGAAACAGACAACUCAGGACAUGGAGAGCCUCAGAGAAGAGCUGCUAAAGGAGAAAAAGAGGCUGGAGAAAUCUCUGGAGACACUGCAGGAAGAUAAAGACAGACAGAUCUCAGAACUGGAGCAGGAGAAGGAGCAUCUGACCCAGGCGGUGAGCUCACUUCGGAAGCGUGCUCAGGUGAACAGCGAGGCUCGUGUGAGGGAGGUGGAGACAGAAAACCGUGUCCUCCACCAAACCAUUUCUGAAACAGGUGGUAAACUGGCUCGCAUGGAGGCCGAGAAACGACAUGCCACUAAGGAGCUAGAGUCUCUCCGGGAACGAGGAGAACGCUGUGAGGAACUGGAGAGGGAGGUAGCUUGCCUGGAACGAGUCCGCGAGCAGAUGCAGCGAGAAGCCACCUCCCUGAAGAUCAGCAGUGAGCGUGCCGAGGCCCUGGAGCGCGAGAACGCAACUCUAGAGCAAGACAACCGCCGGUUGAAGAAGCUCGCUGACACGGCCCAGAAUGUCAGCAUGCGGCUGGCUGUUUUGGAGAAGGACCACCAGCAACUUGAGAAGGAGAACUUGGAGCAGCGGCGUACACUGGAGACCCUGCGACCAGCCACUGCUCGCCUGGCUCAACUGCAGCAGGAACAUGCAGAGCUAGAGCGGGAACAUGAGGAGAUGAUCCGCACCCUAGAGGAGCUCCGUUCCCAGGCCAAGAGGAGCGAAAGACUGGAGAUGAACUGUAGCAGCCUGAGCCAGGAGAACCAACGGCUCCAGCAGACCCUGGACAACAGUGCCACCAAGAUCCAGGGGCUAGAGGGUGAGCUGAGGCACAACAAGGCUGAAAUGAAGGAUCUGCAAUGGGAGCUGGAAGGUCUGACCCAGGCAGUGACACGGGCAGAGGUUGUGGAGAAAGAGAAGCGAGGAAUGGAGCGGGAACUGGGCCAGGUGGAGAAGGAGAGGAAGCAAUUGGAGAAGGAGUCGCAUAGGUUGAGACAGCAGUUGGAGGUGAAGGAGGCAGCACAUGAGGAGAGCUGCCUCAGACUGGCCAGCAUGGAGAAAGAGAGUACAGCUCUCAAUAAAGAGCUAAGCCGACUCAAAGAGGCCACAGAGAGACUCAAAGAACUAGAGAGAGAGAACAAAGACCUACAGAAACAGGCCACCAUGGAUAAGAAGACUCUGGCUACGCUGAGGGAGGAUCUGGUGAAUGAGAAGUUGAGGGUGCAGCAGCAGUGUAAUGAACUGGAAAAGCUGAGCCAUGAGCUGGAGAAGAUUGGCUUGAAUCGAGAGAAACUCCUACAGGAAGAGCACAGUUGUGAAGACAAUAAAUAUAAAAUCCUGGAGACAAAAAUUGAGUCGGCACUGAAGAAGACUCUGGAGUUGAGAGAAGAGAAGAUUCUGAGUCUCGAGUCUCGCCUGGAGGAGAGCUCCAGCUUAAACCAGCAACUUCGCACUGAACUCACCACUGUAAAGAAGAACCUAGAGGCCCUAAAGCAAAGGCAAGAGGAAGAGGCGGUGCACUCUGAGAUCUCCCAGCAGACUUUGGGACAGGUCAGACAGAGCACAGACAAAGUGAUGUGGGAGACGGAGCAUAGGGAGGCUACAGCUGAGCUCCUCAAGCUGAAAGACAGACUAAUCGAUGUUGAAAAGAAUAAUGUUGCCCUGCAAACUGAGAAGCAUCUUCUGAAGGAGCAGCUGAAGCAGCUGGAUUCUCAGAAUGCACAGCUCAAUGCUCAAACACUUGCACUGCAGAAACAGGCAGCAUCCUUACAAGAGUACACAACCUCACUUCACAAAGAAACUGCUAAACUACAGGUGGAAAACUCAACACUAAGCUCCCAGAGUUCAUCUCUCAUGGCUCAGUAUGGAGCUUUACAGGCCCAGCUGCAAACAAUGGAAUCAGAGGCCGAGACUCUCCAGAAACAGCGCGAAGAGGCGUGUGCGGCCCGCGACCGCGUUGCACAGGACCACGAUCGCCUGCUCAGCGUGCACGAAAGACAGGCAACCGAGUAUGAGCAGCUCAUCGCUCAGCACACAGCUCUGAAGAGCAGCCAGAGAGCCCUGGAGGAGGAGCACCGUGCACUUGAGAGCAAGUAUAUGGUUCUCCUGAAGCAGAAGGAGGCUAUGGAGGCAGUCGAGGCAUCUCUGCACAGAGAGAGGGAGAGACUGGGAGAAGAAAUUCAAAAAAACACUCUUAUCCUGGGGGAGAACAGCAGUUUAAGGGAAAAGAUAGAAAGACUGUCGCAGACGCACACACAUUUGAGACAGGAGUAUGACAGCCUGCAGCUGCAGACUAAAGAACUGAAGACAUCUCUGAACGAAUCUCAGCUGGAACUGAACCGUUGGCAGGCGCGAUAUGACCAGCUGAAAGAGCAGCAUCAGGGCCUGGACAUCUCCAUGACCAAACUAGACAACCACUGUGAGCUGCUAACCCGUCUAAAAGGAAACUUGGAGGAAGAAAACCACCAUCUUCUCAGUCAGAUCCAGAUGCUCGGCCAGCAAAACCAGACACUGUUGGAGAGAACCAUGGAGAGCAAAGAACUCUACCAUGAAGAACAGAAACAGUACAUUGAUAAGCUGAAUUCGUUGAGACGACAGAAGGAGAAAUUAGAGGAGAAGAUCAUGGACCAAUACAAGUUUUAUGACCCGACUCCUAAAAAGAGCCGGCAGUGGGUCGGAGCUAAAGCAAUAGCAAAACUAAUCAAGCCUAAGAAAGAAAAUUCUCGGGAGCGAGUGGAUGGUCCACGUGAGAGGAUCCGGAGUGCCCCUGACAUCCCCCUUCCAGAAAUCCCUACAGCCAUAGGCAGCCCUGAGAGUGCCCCAACUCCUCCACCACCACUGCUCCCCCCUAGACAGACACGCCUCACUCUGGACUCCAUGAACAAUGAGGAGAACCACAUACAGUCUCCCACACUCUCACCUGCCCAAAAUGGCCGAGUGUUGAAUGACAGUGGAGGGUCCAGAGGAAGAGAGGGCUAUCGCUCAAUAGGGGGCGGUAGUGAGAGCAUGAAUGGGCAGGAGGAGCUGUUCCGGUGGAGGGGCCGAGAGCCAGGAGCCACCUGUUCAACUCCACUGAGCCGCAACUCUCACAACGCAUCAGGUUUCUCGUCGUCUUCCAGCUUGCGGCCUGGGCGCAGACCAAAGGGUUUAGUCUCAGAGGAGGACUUGCGCCAUCAUUCCCCAGAUGCUGGCUUUGGCAGUGGUGUCCAUGGAAACACAGGCCACCGGCCCAGCUCUGCUGAAUUCAGCCGCAACACUUCCAGCAGCAAUUCCCAUGUCAGCUCUAAGGGUUCUCUGGACUGUCUGCAGGGACGGUCUGCCAGUCUAUCAAGCGAUGAUGUCGUUGGACUAGGUCACGAAGGCUCACGCCUCAGUCAGUUAUCUCUUAUUCCUCGUAGCUCCACCCUGCCUUGUGACACCACAUCUGCUCAACGCUCUUCCCAGUGCCCCAUUUCACUGCAGCCGUCCUCCCCUGGCAGCGAGAUGGUUACCCUGGAGCAGUUCCUGCAGGAGAGCAAUGCCCUGUCCCCACCCACUGUCCAGACAGGAAGUCGAGAGGAUCUCAUGACUGACUAUUUAACCAAAUCUGCCCGGCCUGCACCUAUGAGAGAUGGUGCUAAAACCCCCACCAAUUAUGUCGCGCCGACCAUCAAGACUACGCCGCCUGAACUGGAAGGUCGGACCCCCAAACCUGGACACAGCGUCAAACCAAGUGUUCGGCUUAUGGAGACUUCCACACCCCCUUCUCAGUCACAAACCCUUCCAAACAGAGGAGCCGGAUCGCGGCCCUCACCUUUGCACCAGUCUAGUCCUCGUGGGGGGGUGGGUGGCAGCACCAGCUUGAAUCGCACUUUCAGCCUGGCCUCCGCAGACCUCCUCCGCUCUAAUGGGCCAGACAGCUACUGUGCUGAGGCUAGUUCUCCUAAUCCGAUCGAUGUGGUGGUUAGGUCUGGUGCAAUCGCCAGGGAAAGACCUUUGUCUGCUAGGCUGCCUGGAUCGUUACCUUUUCCUGCAGACCCAGGGCACCUGUCAGUGGACCCCCGCCGCCUAUCUCUCGCUCCUUCUCGAAACGAGUUGUCCCUGACCAGCCCUCCCCCACUGCACUCUUCUUCCAUGUCCUUGCAAGCUGAACGGGAUUACGUAGGGAGCAGUAGCCGAGCCACUGCGGUCCGCUCUAGGCCUGCUCAAACCCGGUCAGCCCCCCAUCGUGGCGAGGUGGCCAUGGUUACUCCAGUACGAGCUGUAUCUGCAUUGAGGCUGAAGGAUUUGGAAGAGGAACCUCGAGAGCUACGGGAGACAGAGUCACCUCUACUGAAGAAAGCUGACACUGCGAAUUUGAGCCACAGCAUCAAGGAGCAACCCACCAGCAAACCUGCUUCUCCAGACCCCAACAAUGACCCUCAGACUGUGUGGUAUGAGUACGGCUGUGUGUAGAACCUCUAACUUGGUGAAGAAUCACUUGACAAAUAAAAUGCACUGUAAAAAGCCCCAGGCAGCUUCCUUUAUGUCAGGAAACUGUUCAUUCCAUUUCUUUCUCUAUUUCUUCUUAUGCCUCAAUGGCACCAGGUGCGUUUGCAGGUCUUGCACACGUACACCUUGAUCUGAAAAGGAAUGUAUGGGGCACUUGAAUGUAUUCCCUUUUUUCCCUUCCAACUUACUUGAACACCAUUGAUUGCUGCAGCUCUCCGCAGGUCCAUGGCAGGCCAGUCCGCAUUCUAUUCUGAAUGUGAAAAACAAACAUAUGGCUGUGUGCUAGGAGCCACUCCCAGCAUAAUUACUGAGUAGCGACUGCAUCCAUCUUUAGGAGGUGCAGGACAGUUGUCCUUACCGAGAGACUGUCUCACUGGGACCCAUUACUGGAAACGGGCUCUCUCGCUCAUUUCCUGCUGACAUACAAAGAGAUCUGCUUUUUUCUGCUUCUGUGGGUGACCAUCUAUUUGUUAAGGGAACUAGGUUUGGCUCAGGAUUUGGUCAGAAGCAUGCAAAAGGACAAAACGAGACCAGAGAGAAACAGGAGGAGACUGUUGGAAUUAAAGGGACUAAAAAGCACAGAGUAGACAUUCUGCCUACCUUCUAAUUAAACCUGAUAUAAUAAAAAAAAAAAAAAAAAAAAAAAAAAGAAA